AUUUCUGAAAAGUCGGCCGAGCUGCGGUGCAUCCGGGAUUUUUCGGCCGGGUGCACUUUCUGGAAAAGCGCCGUGGCUUCGGUUUGGGAUAACACUUUUGGAAGGGUGGGAGCACCGGGACAAGGCUUAGCUUUUCGUUUGUCUUACUCUGUAGAGAAGCAAAAAAAUGCCCCGACUUCCUUUGCUCUCCUCCUCUUGCUCCUAACGUGCAGCCACUCGGGCGCGGAGCGCAGAGUCGCCGCCGCUGCCCAGGCCUCUCUCUGGGUAGAGGGCCUGGCCGCGGUGGCCGGAUCUGCGCACGGGGGGCGGACGUGCUCGGGCAGACGGGGGCCUACUGGGUGCCGCCGAGUCCAGGAAGGUUUCAAGCGACCCCAAGGACUGGACUCAGGAGUUGGCGCCCCCGCUGCCCUCCGAGGAGGAGCGGUUGCCCUGGGGUCUGAGUCCUCCAGCCCUACCCUAGUGGAAGCCGCAGUGCGGGCCUUGCAGCCCAAAGACCCCUGGGCGCACGCAAAGUGUGCUUCGGUCGUCCAGGUGGCACUGGGGAUUACGGCCCACUCUCACUUUCUCUCUGCCUGUCCCCUGCAGAGCUCUCCCUACGACCAUACACCCGGCAUGGCAGGCUCCUUGGGGUACCACCCUUAUGCUGCGCCCCUGGGCUCCUACCCGUACGGGGACCCUGCGUACCGGAAGAACGCCACGCGAGACGCCACCGCUACGCUCAAGGCCUGGCUCAACGAGCACCGCAAGAACCCCUACCCUACCAAGGGCGAGAAGAUCAUGCUGGCCAUCAUCACCAAGAUGACCCUCACCCAGGUGUCCACCUGGUUUGCUAACGCGCGCCGGCGCCUCAAGAAGGAGAACAAGAUGACGUGGACGCCGCGGAACCGCAGCGAGGACGAGGAGGAGGAAGAGAACAUUGAUCUGGAGAAGAACGACGAAGAUGAGCCCCAGAAGCCCGAGGACAAGGGCGACCCCGAGGGCCCUGAAGCAGAGCUGCCCCCGGGUCCCGGAGGGCCCUCGGUCAUACACUCCCCGCCACCACCGCCUCCACAGGCGGUGCUCGCCAAGCCCAAACUGUGGUCUCUGGCGGAGAUCGCCACAUCCUCGGACAAGGUCAAGGACGGGGGCGGAGGGAGCGAGGGCUCUCCGUGCCCACCGUGCCCCGGGCCCGUAGCCGGGCAAGCCCUAGGAGGCAGCCGCGCAUCGCCGGCCCCGGCGCCAUCGCGCUCACCCUCGGCGCAGUGUCCCUUUCCAGGCGGGACGGUGCUGUCCCGGCCUCUCUACUACACGGCGCCCUUCUAUCCUGGCUACACGAACUAUGGCUCCUUUGGACACCUUCACGGCCACCCAGGCCCCGGUCCAGGCCCCACCACGGGUCCGGGCUCGCAUUUCAAUGGAUUAAACCAGACCGUGUUGAACAGAGCGGACGCUUUGGCUAAAGACCCGAAAAUGUUGCGGAGCCAGUCCCAGCUAGACCUGUGCAAAGACUCUCCCUAUGAAUUGAAGAAAGGUAUGUCCGACAUUUAACGCGGGCUGCGUCGGUCCCGGACUUUCCUAAUUUAUUAAAAAAACAUGGCCUUGGCAGUUAUUUUUCCAUCAACAUGAGAGAAAAACGAAACUACCCCUCCUAUUAAAAAGUUUAUAAUUCAUGGAGAUGGAUGACAUAAAAAUGUAAACAUCUCCACAUAAACACAAAAAUGUCUUAACCAACCGAAAAGGAAAAUUACAAAAAUGAUUUGUAUUAAAUCUUAUUCUGUAUAUUUAAUGUAGCAUUUUGUAUUUAAAUUGAUAAUUCAAUAUCUUUGAAGUAAAUUAUGAAAUUAAGACACCUGUACAGGCAUUUAAUGGUUUUUUUGUAAUAUAAAUAUAUACAUUUGUGUUGCCCCCAAAACUGUUUCAUAGUUUAAAAAAUACAAGUUUAAUUUAAUUUUUUACACCUAUUGAUUUUUCUGGGUAUGAGCUAAAGUAUUAUUACAGAAAGGAAACAGGUUAUACACUUAGAUUUAAAAAGUAAAAGAAACUGCAGCCGCCUUUGUAAAAUGCAAAAUAUUUAAUUAAAAGAGAUUUUAACAUAA